CGGAAGGGAAGGGGCGGGCGCUGGAUCCGCGGCGGAAAAGGCUCGGCUGCGUUUCCCUGCCGUGCCCUGUGCAGCCUGCAGUGCUCGACGGCCCCGCCAUGGAGGAGAGCAGCGGCAUCCGCCUCUCGGCCGAGUGCCUGGACGAGCCGCCCAACAGCCGCGUCUUCGUGGUGCUGGGCAAGGACACAGGCGAGGCGCUGAUCCGGGAGCGCUUCUCGCCCUUCGGGGACAUCCAGAACAUCUGGCUGCUGCGGGACCGGCGCACCAACGAGUCCCGCGGCAUCGCCUUCAUCAAGUUCGCCCGCAGCUCGCAGGCCUGCCGGGCCAUGGAGGAGAUGCACGGCCGCAGCCUGGUGCCCGACGGCAAGCCCAUCAAGGUAUUUAUUGCGCAGUCGAGAGCUUCUGGAAGCCACAGAGAUCUUGAAGAUGAGGAGCUUACACGAAUCUUUGUUAUGAUACCAAAAACCUACACAGAGGAGGAUCUGCGAGAGAAGUUUAAGAUGUAUGGAGACAUUGAAUAUUGCAGCAUUAUUAAGAACAAGACUACUGGAGAAAGUAAAGGUUUGGGCUAUGUCAGGUACCUGAAACCGUCGCAAGCUGCCCAGGCAAUUGAAGAGUGUGAUCGAAGCUUCAGGGCCAUUUUGGCUGAACCUAAAAAUAAGUCAUCCGAGUCUUUUGAACAUGAUUAUUACAGUAAUAGCAUGAGACCAGAACUAAGAGGAAAUACGCUUCCGUUUUGUAUGCAGCCAGAAUUUUGUAGCUUUGAAAAAGCUGAGACCCGAAUUCAAGAACCAGUCUCCAAACGCCUGUUGGUGGUAUCUCGGCUGCCCCUUAUUCAGGAGCAGCUGUUCGCCCUCUUCGAUUUAAUUCCAUGUCUGGAAUAUUGUGAUGUUCAGAGAGACGCUCAUAACAAUAGUGGGUACGCUGUGAUUCAGUACAGCACUGCUGCCUCUGCUAUAUAUGCCAAGUACAAACUACAUGGGUUUGAGUAUCCUCCUGGAAAUCGACUGACUGUUGUUUUCCUAGAAGAUGGGAAUGAUAGCUCAGACCUUAUCAGGAAAAUGGCAACACAGCUGGUGACAGCCCAGGUGUCAUCAGCCUUGCGCAGUAGCAGCGCGAUGGUUCAGCAGUACAGGUCGCCUCCUCAAACAUUUGGAGGAGCUUCUGGCCCACAGUUGCUGCAGCCCCAAACAGAUGCCAUACUUCCACCACCCAAAAAAAAAGUUCCAUCUGACACUCCUGUGAAGGAAAGGCUUUUCAUACUUUUUCAUCCCCAUCCUUUACCUGUAAAUGUAUUGGAGGAUGUGUUCUGUCGUUUUGGACAAUUGAUAAGUGUUUAUCUUGUGACUGGAAAAAAUGUGGGCUAUGCAAAAUUUGCAGACAGAGCAAGUGCCAGCGAGGCCAUAACUGCAUUGCAUGGCAAGAUUGUGAAUGGUGUGAGGCUGAAAGUGAGGCUGGCAGACUCACCCCCGGAGGAGCCCAACAAGCGCCAGAGAACUUACUGAGCAGCAUUAGGACUAUUGCCAAAGGAGAAUAUAGUUGGAGGAGAAAAGCCUAAGCCCCAUUUUCUACAAAAUAACUCUCAAAUAUUACUAUAGCUUCCAGAUAUUUCCAGUACCAUACUGUCUUCCUAGGGGACAUGAAGUUUUGAUUUAACUAAUUCAGAAAAUACCAUGUGACUGUCUUUGUAUCAGUAUUUUCCCCUCUAAGCUUCACUCUUUGUACCUUUCUUUGUAUAGAUGUUCUUUGUGACCCCAGAGUUACAAAGACCAAAAAAAAACUUUGUCCCAAAGUGUUCUUUUUCUCCUUUUCUUCUAAGGACCUCCAUGUUGCUCUUUAGAUAAGCAGCAGAUACUAAACAUGGCCUUAGUUUUUAUACACACAACUUUUGUUUUAAAAAGUUGGAUUUUUGGGAUUCUUUUUCUGCAUGGAAUUAUAGCUAAAAUUAAAUUGAAACCUUUGUUUUUUUUAAUCGGCAGCUCUGGUGAAUGCAAUUUUAAGGAACUUGUACCCAUGCUCUUACUUUUGUACAAUGUUUUGUUUUUAAUGUGACUUUUGCUUUCAGCAAUAAAAGCCCAACCUCUGUGUCCCUAUAGGAAUAACUAUGAUGUGAAGGGUAAUAUGAUACCAGGUUUGCCUUGUGUACUUUUUACUGGAGAAGUGUAAAUAGAAAAUUCAUUCAAAAUUAGAAAAAUUAUUUAUCCCCCCUUUUUUCUAGACACCAGGUUCCUGGUUCCAAGUUUCUUAGCAGGUUGUCUUAGCAUCUAUGUCUUCUCAGCGUAGACAGACAGAAUUACUUGUUCAUUUGUCCUUUAGUUUGUUUCUCAAAUUCAAAUGAAGUGAUACUUAAAGGAAAGACUGCCUUUCUAAGGGGGUUGCCCAUGUGAUUUUCCCACUGCUUGACUUUGCACUGGACUGACUGAUAAGCUUUGCAGUAAUUUGGAGGCUUAUAUUUUGCUUUCAAUUAAAGUGUUGAAUUGUGCAUGUGAAGAGAGAUGCAAUUUUCUCUUCCUCUGAAGCAGUUGUAGGGUUUUUUUUAAGAUGUGAGAAUACUAACUUUUUAAAUUUUGAAUUUUAGCUGUAGGAAAUAACCUUCCUACCUAAAACUGCUGUGAGUUUUCACUUGAGGAAAUAGUUGCCUCUUAAUUAAAAAAUCCUUUCUAAAGUCCUGUUGCACUACUUGACUUUUGUCUCUAACAAGGUGACUGGAUUUCUAUACAAGGUUCUCUGAUAAAAAUUCACUAUAAGACCUGUGAAUUCUAGAGUCUGUAUGAAAAUAAAUGUCAUUCAAUGGCAUAAUUAAGCAAAAUAUUUAGUUUUAGCAGAUUUGAAGUUUUCCCCCAACACCUUCUUAUGCAAAUAGUCUUUUUAAAAAUACAAUUUACAGAAUUGUUUCUUUAAAAAGGCUUUAUGGUAACAGUAUGCUAUUCAUAAUGCUUUUGCAAUGCAAACUUCUGACCAUAAGAACUUUCUGUUACCUUGCAACAAACUUUAUCAGGCGAAUUUGAAUACACAUCUAUUAAUAUUCUGAACUAAUCCACCGAAUGAAUUUUACAGGCUCUGGUUCUCCUACAAGUCAAUGAAAUUCAGUUGUUUAUGUGAAUAGUUAAAAGUAGCAGAGCAAAGAUGCAAAUACAGAGCAGUAGAGUUCUCUUCACCACUUUUAAGUUUUUUGGCCUGUGAAGUUAUCCCCUUUUAUGCUAAGUAAGUGUUAAUGGCUGAAAUAAUCACUUCAAACUAUCUUGCUUUAAGUCAGUUUAGGCUUGAGAAGACAACCUCAGUGUCUCCUUCAAGCAGUUGCUAAAAGCAGACCUAUCUUAAAAAUCUUGCUUUGACCAGUUUGUGCUCUCCACUCAGGGCUUUGUGUUACUUUGAGUAUUUUGUUAAAAGCUCACUGCGGUGUCUGAUGCCAGUUACUGCACACUGUGUCAUUCCAAAAUAGAGGAAGGAAAGAAUUUGCUAUCUGUCAGGAGAAUGCAUUGUGGCAUCCCCACCCUUGGAAACUGUCCCCCCCACCCCCCUCAAACUACUAAACAAGAGACCCACAAGCAAGCAAAACAAAAAACCCAAACUCACCCAAAAUGUCUUUCAUAAAACUUUCAAAAUAGUCCUUAGAAAGCAGAGUUUCUAACUAGCAUUGUGUUAGAAAUGCCAGACACGGCUACCUGGAGCUGAGUUCUGUGGCUUUUAAUACUCACUGCUGAUUGACUUCAACCCACAGCAGAUGGAUUAAUUACAUUUUUCCCUUGAUGAAAAAACUUGGGUGUUUUAAAUUAUUAUUUAGUAACUGACUAAGUUGGAAAAAAACCUAUUUUGUCAUGAAAUAAUUGGUUGUUAUUGUCUUUCAUUAUUCUUGUCCAGAAGCAGUCCUGUGUCUCUGGUUUCGUUUGCAUUGAUUUUUUUUUUUAACUUAAACCUUCGUGAUGUUAAUAUGUAUAUAUUUUAAUGAGUCACUUCUCUGCAAGAAUGUUUUAAAAAGUAAUUGUAUCAUAGUUGUGAUACACAUUGAAAAAAAAUAGCUGUAUUUUGUAUCAAUAGUAUACUGCAGAAAAAAUGCUGGCUUUUGCACACAACUCAGGGAAAGAGGCAUUUCUUUAAAACUUAGAGAAGCAUGCCUAAAACUUUAAUAUUAUUCUUCUUAAGAUAUUGAAAGCCUUAUUUAUAUGCUGUUGUAAUUAUUCUAUUUUAUAAUAUGCACUUUAAAAUAAAAAUAAGUAUGUUGCUUUUUGAUACUA